AUGCCUACCAUCGCGGUCGACAAGGCGGCGCUCUUCCAGGAGCUUGGUCGCGACUACACCACGGAGGAGUUCGACGAGCUAUGCUUCGAGUUCGGCAUCGAAUUGGACGAGGACACAAGUCAGAGCACCAAGCCAGAGGACCAGGCGCAACCGCCGCAGCUGAAGAUUGAGAUCCCUGCGAACAGAUAUGACAUGCUCUGCUUCGAGGGCAUUGCCCUGAACCUGAAGGUCUUCCUGGAGAAGGAGAAGCUGCCCAAGUGGCAGGUCACACCGCCCAAGGACGGACAGCUGCAGGAGCUGCACAUCAAGCCAGAGACGGCGCAAGUGCGAGAACUCUGCUCCGGCGUCAUUCUGCGAAAUAUUGCUUUCACACAAGCACGAUACGACUCCUUCAUUGCGCUGCAGGACAAGCUGCACCAGAACCUGGCCCGCCAGCGCACAUUGGUCUCCAUCGGAACACACGACCUUGACACGGUCAAGGGCCCUUUCACGUAUGAGGCGCUGAAGCCAGAGGAAAUCGAGUUCAUCCCGCUCAACCAAACGAAGAAGAUGAACGGCAAGCAGCUCAUGGAGUUCUACGAGAAAGACAAGCACCUGGGCCGCUACCUCCACAUCAUCAGAGACUCGCCGCUCUACCCCGUCAUCUACGACGCAAAUCGCACCGUCAUGUCGCUGCCGCCCAUUAUCAACGGUAACCACAGCAAAAUCACGCUCGAUACAAAGAAUGUCUUCAUUGAGAUCACAGCAACCGACAAGACAAAGGUCGAGAUCGUGAACCACAUGCUCAUCGCCAUGUUCGCAGGCUAUGCCGAGUCGAUAGAGCCCAUCAAGAUCAUCUCUCCCCACAACAACGAGUCAAGAGAAUCGCCAGAUCUCUCCCCACGCGAGUGGAAGGCCGAGGUCGACUACCUCAACAAUGUCACAGGUCUUGAUCUGUCACCAGAGGAGAUCUCAAAGCUCCUCUCCAAGAUGGGCCACGAUGUGUCCCCUUCCAAAACAGACAAGAACAUCCUCGACGUGUCCGUCCCCAUCACAAGAGCAGACAUUCUCCACCAAGCCGACAUCAUGGAGGAUUACUCCAUCGCCUACGGCUUCAACAAGCUCCCGCGUGUCUACCCCAACAAAACCGCCGCUGUAUCCGCCCCGCUUCCCAUCAACAAGCUCGCCGACAUUGUGCGCGUCGAGUCUGCAUCCGCCGGUUGGACAGAAGUCAUGCCUCUCAUCCUCUGCUCGCACGAGGAGAACUUCGAGUGGCUGAACCGCGUCGAUGACGGCAAGACAGCCAUCAAGCUCGCCAACCCCAAGACGGCCGAGUACCAGCUCGUCCGCACGAGCCUGCUGCCGGGGCUGCUGAAGACAAUCAACUCCAACAAGCACCACUCGGUGCCUAUGAAGAUCUUCGAGGUCAGCGACGUAGGAUUGAAGGACGAGAGCCAGGAACGCAAGAGCAGGAACGAGCGCCACUUUGCCGCGGCCAUCAUGGGCAAGACUUCUGGUUUUGAGCAGGUACACGGACUUCUUGAUCGCCUGAUGCUCAUGCUGCGGAGCAAAUUCAUGACACGCGAAGACGGGCUGAAGAACGCCGCGCUCGAGGGCUACUGGAUAGAAGAGGUUGACGACAAGACGUUCCUCCCCGGCCACGCGGCAGCCAUCAAGAUCAACCUCGCGGGCAAAAACCACACAAUCGGCGUCUUCGGCAUCCUGCAUCCCAGCGUGCUGCACAAGUUCGAGCUGCCGUACCCGGUCAGCACCGUCGAGUUCAAUCUCGAGGUCUUCUUGUAG